AUGGCUCUUGUACCUGCCGGGGACGAACCGGUAAAAGAGAAAGAGAGACCCAAUUUGGGACAAACGGGGGUCUUGGCAGCAGCCUCAAAUACAAUUACACAAGCAGAUGGAAACGCUAUAGUGCUAAAGUAUCACGAACCGCCCGAAGCAUGCAAACCACCCGCUAGAGAUGAUUGGAAGCUUUUUGUGUUCAAAGGUGCCGACAUUAUUGAAACGAUUGAUUUGAGCACAAGAAGUUGCUGGCUUAUCGGUCGUGAGCUUGCAGUGGUGGAUCUAGCCGCGGAGCAUCCAAGUAUCAGCAAACAGCACGCUGUCAUACAAUUCAAAGCGACGGAAAAGAUGAACGAAUUUGGAGAUAAAAUUCGAAAAGUGAAGCCCUACUUGAUCGACUUGGAUUCCGCAAAUGGCACCAUGAUGAACAAAGAUCCGGUGGACAAGAGUCGAUAUAUUGAGUUAAUGGAUAAGGACAUGAUACAGUUUGGUCACAGUACAAGAGAAUAUGUGCUAAUGUUGGCACCGAGAACUUAG